CAUUCAACAGAUUCUUACUGACCCUCAUCUACUGUCACCAGACACUUACCCACAAUGGCCUCCUACAUCUCACAGAUUGAUGCGUCCCUGAAUGCAGCCGAUGAGAAAAAGCUCCAAUCAGAAGGCUUUGAGAAAAUCGAUGUUGAUGUGAACAAAGGCACGGCAGGAAGUCCUGUGUACAUUUGGUUCAAACGUGGAUCAACACCAAUCACCAGGGUUCAGUUUUCCUUCGCUGAUGAAAUGGCCGCUGAGUUGAAGAAGUUCGGGUUCACAAAGGUCGAUAAGAACCUCAACACUGGAGCAGGAGGAGAUGUCAUCUACCUUUGGUACUUCAAGGGGUCCGGAGAGUUCGACACUCCCAUAGUGGAGAUUGACGUCACUCUAGAUCCAGAAAGUGAAGCUCAGAAGUUCGAGAGCGGCUGGGAGAAACUUGGCUGUGAUCUGAACCGCAGAGCUAAAGGGAACUGGAUCUACGCCUGCGUGCAGAGAGAAAAGCAAACGUACAUCUGCAACCUCAAUAUCACUGAAAACUUCGAAUCUGACCAAGAGUUGUUUAAGGAAGGUUACAUCCGCAUAGAUGAGGAUUGCACUAAGGGUACAGGGGAUUCUUAUGUGUUCAUCUGGUACCGUCAGACCAUUAUCCCCCAGCGUGCAAUCAAGGAUCUGCAAAUCUCCAACGAUGAUAAGAAGAAUCUGGACCUUCAGCGGAAAAACUACCAGUCAGUGAAAGUUAACAAAAAGGCCGGAGGUAACCCUUUGUGUCUGUGGUACAAGAAUGAUGGAUUGAAGGUAUACCUUUCAGUCUUCAGCAUCCUUCUCAACACAGCUGCUGUUGAAGCGUAUAAGAAAGCUGGUAUCAUUGUCGUCGAAGACUUCAAUCUGAAUGAAGGCACCAAAGGCUGCGUCAUCUACCUCUAUUAUGGGGGAGCAGAGGGGAAAAAACGUUAAAUCAUUUUGAUGAUGUCCUCUCUUUUUCUGCAUCAUAUAACAAUGCAAUGAAUUACAUAUAGUAUACUUAUUCAUUCAGAAAUGAUCAAUGGUAGUUAUACUGUUUAAAUUAAUGUUAAGGAAAUAGUUCAAUCAAAUACUUCUAAUGACUGCAAUGAUUUUAUUAAGUGAUUCAAAAGAAACAAUCUGUACG